AGCGCACGCAUACCCGACGCUGGCGAUUUGUAUUGCGCCAAUUUUCCCAACGUAACCCUCUUGAAUGUGACAUUCACCGACGUAUGCGUGCUGCCCACCAGCAGUUUGGGUUUGAUGACGCGACUCAUUGCCAUCUUUCUCACAAUUCUGCUGCUACUCAGUCUUGUUACGCUCUACUACAAAUACGAGCUGGAAGUCAAAAUCUGGCUGCACGCACACAAUUUGACUCCCGUUUGCUUCAGCGUCGACGAUCUAGACAACGAUAAAACGUUCGAUGCCUUCAUCUCAUAUUCGCACAAGGACAAAUGCUACGUGAACAACACGCUGCUGCCACAACUGGAGCCCGGUGAUCCACCAUUUCGAAUUUGUACGCACGAACGCAAUUGGCUUGCCGGCGCCUAUAUACCGGAGCAGAUUGUGGAGUCUGUGGCGCAGUCGCGGCGCACGAUCAUUGUGCUAUCGCAGCACUUCGUCGAAUCCGAUUGGGGUCGCAUGGAAUUCAAAACGGCACAUCAAUGCGCCGUUAAUGAGAAGCGUGCGCGCAUUAUAAUAAUCAAGUAUGGCGAGAUUACAAAUAUGGCUGGGCUCGAUAGUGAGUUGGAGGCUUAUUUGCGUAUGAAUACAUAUCUGGAUUCUGAGGAUCCACGAUUUUGGCAAAAGUUGCGUUACGCAAUGCCGCAUAAAAGAGGUGAAGGGCGGAAGGCGGGCAUGCUUGAGAUAAAAGAUGCCUUAAAGGACUAA